CUGCGGGAAGCCCGAGCCGAGCCGGCAUGGGCGAGAGCACCAGCCCCAUCAGCGUGAUCCUGGUGAGCUCGGGCAGCCGCGGCAACAAGCUGCUGUUCCGCUUCCCGUUCCAGCGCGGCGCCGAGCACCCCGCCGCGCAGGACAACAAACCAAGGAGUCGAUAUGCUGUGAAUGGCUCUGGUGACACCACAGAAGAUCAAGAUGGGGACUCCAGAGACCAAUGUCCUCUAACUGAUGAGCAAUUGGUUUCAGGGUUUUCUGAUGUCAUCCUGGCAACAAUUUUGGCUACCAAGUCAGAUAUGUGUGGCAAAAAGUUUGAAUUGAAGAUUGAUAAUGUUCGCUUUGUUGGCCAUCCCACCUUGCUCCAGCAUGCCCUCGGGCAGGUAUCCAAAACUGACCCUUCACCAAAGAGAGAGAUGCCUACCAUGAUUCUGUUCAACGUGGUGUUUGCACUGAGGGCCAACGCGGACCCGUCUGUGAUCAGCUGCCUGCACAACCUGUCGCGCAGGAUCGCCAUCGUCCUGCAGCACGAGGAGCGCCGCUGCCAGUACCUCACCCGCGAGGCCAAGCUCAUCCUGGCCAUCCAGGACGAGGUGUCUGCCAUGGCAGAGACCACAGAAGGGCCCCAGUCACCUUUUCAUCACAUCCUACCCAAGUGCAAACUGGCCAGAGAUCUCAAAGAGACAUAUGACAGUCUCUGCACGACAGGGGUGGUUCGGUUACACAUCAACAACUGGCUGGAAGUGAGUUUCUGCCUUCCUCACAAAAUCCACUAUGUUGCCACCAACUUCAUACCCCCAGAAGCAAUCGAGAGGAGUCUGAAAUCUAUCAGGCCUUACCAUGCCUUAUUACUUUUAAAUGAUGAGAAGUCAUUGCUUAAUGAGCUCCCGUUGGACUGCUCUCCUGCCCUGGUGAGAGUAAUUAAAACUACCUCUGCUGUGAAGAAUUUGCAGCAACUGGCUCAAGAUGCUGACUUGGCAUUGCUGCAGGUUUUCCAGCUUGCAGCACAUCUUGUUUACUGGGGCAAAGCAAUUAUUAUUUAUCCUCUUUGUGAAAACAAUGUCUACAUGCUUUCUCCAAAUGCCAGUGUCUGCCUCUACUCUCCCCUGGCAGAUGCCUUCUCCUGUCAGUUCCGGGGUCACAACCUGCCCUCCAUGCUGGCCAAGUUCUCCCUCCCCGUGUCCCUCUCCGAGUUCAAGAACCCGCUGGCACCGCCUGUGCAGGAGACCCAGCUGAUCCAGAUGGUGAUCUGGAUGCUGCAGCACCGGCUGCUGAUCCAGCUGCACACCUACGUGUGCCUGAUGGUGCCCCCGAACGAGGAGGAGCUCCGGGCCCAGGAGGAGGACGUGCCCUUCACUGCCAGGGUUGGGGGACGGAGUCUGAGCACCCCCAACGCUCUCAGCUUUGGCUCUCCAAUGUGUAUGUGUGUCUCUCUUACCCUGAUAGCCAGCAGUGAUGACAUGACUCUGACAAGCCCUAGCAUGGAUAAUUCCAGUGCUGAGCUGAUACCUGGUGGGGACUCACCCCUAAAUAAGAGGAUGACAGAGAAUCUCCUGGCCAGCCUGCUGGAACACGAGCGGGAAGCCAUCCUGAACGUCCCAGCUGCCCAGAACCCAGAGGAUCUCCGCAUGUUUGCCAGGCUGCUGCACUACUUCCGAGGCCGGCACCACCUGGAGGAGAUCAUGUACAACGAGAACAUGCGGCGCUCGCAGCUGCUGAUGCUGUUUGACAAGUUCCGCAGCGUGCUGGUGGUCACCAGCCACGAGGACCCCGUCAUCUCCGUCUUCCAGUCGCUCCUCAAGUGACUCUGCUGCCCCAGAGGGAGGAGCCUGCCACGCUCUCCAUGCUGAGUCUAAACUGAAGGAGGUGCUUUCAGUUCCUUCCUGCCAUGUGUCCCUGCCCGUGCCUCGAUGUCCCAGCUGUCCCCGAGGCUCCAGGGCCUGCUGCAGGACAGCAUGUGCUUGCUCAGCCUGGAUUCCUGCCCCGCCACGUUCACAGCCCUUCCCCGCUGCUCCCCAGGGAUCGUCACACUGGGACAGGAGGGUUCUGCUGCGGUGCUGCUGGCAGAACUCACCUUUGGGAGGACACUGGUGCCCUGGGAGUGCUUCCUGUGCUCUCCAGCGUGACUGCUGGGACACUCAGCCAUGAGAGCCUGUCCCCAUGGCACAGCAUGCAUGGCCUUGCUCCAGGGCACAGGGCAGCUGGCCUGGCUCCUAGGGAAAUGACCCUGGACACCCAGGAAUUCUGUUUGAUCUCACAGCAGCGAGGACAGAGGUGGGAAGGCAAAGUAUCACAAGUAAACAUGAAAUCACGAAUGAAUGACUCAGUCACUGUGUCACUGCUCUCCUCACCCCAGUAUCCUUAUUCCCAAGUGUCUGUAGGAGCAGGGCUGUCCCCAAGCAGCCUCUGUGUUCCUGGGUUUCCACGUUCCCCAGUUUGUGCCUGGGGGUGGCAGCUUGGUUGUUGAGCAGGACUGAAAGGUGCUGGCCAGGCUGCAAGUGCAGGGACAUGUUCCAGAGGCUGCUGCUGAGGGCACUCAGCCUGUCCCCCCAGGCCUUGUUUUCUCCCUGCAGUCCCCCUCCCACAAGCAUGGCUGUGAUGCAGGGAACCAGACAGGGAUCCUGGCCUGGGUUAAAGCGAUCCAGCAGGAAAAUGAGAUACAGGGCUGCAUCUCCUGCUCUGGUUUGGAACUGCUCCUCCAGCCAUGCCAGGGCAGAACAAGAGGGGACAGCCCUGGGAUGUACCAGGGCUUGGGGACAGGAGCUUGUGCCAGCUCACCCCUGCCUGUGUGAGCCACUGUCCCCACAGCUGCUCGCUGCUCUGUGCUGCAUCCCCAGGGGAAGGGAGGGGGAACUUUGCCUCCAUGGUGGUGUGGCUUCUCGGGGUUUGCUUUAGAAGAUUGUCAGGUGCCCUCUGAAGACCUCCCCUUACACCACACACAGCAGCUGGAGCUUUUCCCAGAGCUGCAGGCUCUCAGGAGCAGCUUCACCUGCCCACACAAACUGGGUGACACUGGGAGUUUAGGUCACUCACCUUCCAGCAGCCACGCGGAGCUGCUCCAUGGCAACUUCUUGGGGGCCCUUCAGCCAGUCUGGCCCUGCAGCUGCAACAGGGAUGGCAGAGGAGAGCAAAAACCCUAUCUGGCCUAAAAAUCACAUCAACAUCAACCAACCCCAGCACCUGAGCAUCAAGGUGAGCUACUGCAAUCCAAAAGAAGGCUGCCCAGAAGGGGCUAAACCAAAUUAUUUCAUCGGAUGGGGACAAAAGUAUUUAAAAAUUUUCUAUUCUAUGUGAACCUGUCACCCACCCAGUGUGGCUGCAGGUCCUGCCUGAAUCCUGGAGGUUUUUCCUCUCUGUACCUCAAGUCAGGCUGCUGCACCAGUGCUUUCUCUGUGUGGGGGUUCACAAAGUGCUAAGUUCUGAACUGGUUUCAAAAGCAGCAGGGAAAAUGAACAAAACCCAUUCUUGUUCUCCAAGCUGGAUACUAGAGGGGUAGAGGUUGGAAGGGGUCUGUGCUCAAAGGAAAGGUGUUAGCUCAGGUCACUCAGGACCCUGUCUGUGGAGGUGUGAAUGACCCACAGCUUCUCUGGGGCCCUGUUCCAGUGUUUGACCAUCCUCACGGGGAAGAUUUUUUCCACAGAGCUAAUGAGCACUUCCUGUUUUCCUGCUGGUGGCACAGUGCCUCUCAUCCUGUUUGACAGCAUCCUGGCUCUGUCUUCUCCAUCCCCUGUCCCCUGAGGUAGUUGCAGCUGG